AACCCAAAAUAAAAAUAAUUCUCUCCGAGAUUCACCUUGCUUCUAUCUCCCAGCAGUAAAUCUUAGUCCGUGGGUGGACAAACAUCGUCGCGCUCAUCACAUCGCACACACUCACGUCAUGCCCAGCCGUACGAUUGUGGUGACCGGAUUUGGUCCGUUUGCCGGCCACGAAGAGCGCAACGCCAGCUGGGAAGCGGUCCGACUGUUGCCGAAUUCGCUCGUCCACGGCGGCAGGGAGUACGCCCUCAAGAAGCUACAGGUCCCGGUGACGUACGAGGCGGUGGACGCGGUCGUUCCUCGGGUGUGGGAGGAGAGUCCGGCGCUGGUUGUUCACUGUGGCGUCCACGGGAACAUUAGCACGAUUAACUUGGAGCAGUGUUCCUACUCGGCCGGAUAUUGCAGACCGGACUUUGCAAACAAGUGCUUGCCGUGCGAUAAGGUGGCGUUGAGGAGUGUGCCGUCGGGGGAGGAAGAGGAUGGAGGCAAGUGCGUGAGGUUGGACACGAAUCUGAAGGUGGAGUCGAUUGCACGCGAGCUGAGCACGGUCCGGUGCGUGCACUCGACGGAGGUUGGCAACUACCUGUGCGGCUACAUCUACCUCAAGUCGUUGGAUUUCAGUCGGGAUCGAACGCUUUUUAUUCACGUGCCAAGCGUCGGCAAGCCGUACAGCUCGGAACAGACAAAGGAUGCGAUUUUUCAGGUGCUUGGACGCUGCUUGGACCAGCUGGAGUCGGAGGGAAAGCUUUGAAAGGUCGUCGUUCGGACGCAAUGAUUUUAACGAGCUGUUUUUUUUAGUUUAUCAAUGUUAUAAAUUCAAUCUGUAUUGGAUGUUGUGUUUUAAUAAAUUGUAAUUUUAACCCGA